AUGCGCGUGACAUCGCUAGACCCCGGAAGUUCUUUCCCCAUUGAUGGCAUAUCAGACCUCAAAGAAGUUAACUCAGAACCUGAUGAUUUUAUUACACCGGCUCCAUUAAUAGUAGUAAAUGUAUCUCCACAUGAUAAUAAUACCUCACCACCAAAUGUACCAACAAAUGACAUUUUAGAUAUUUUUCAUAAUGUUAUUGAAUCAUUACUACCUGAAAUGGAAUACCCUACUCCAUUGCAAUCUGUAAAUAAUAAUGAUGAUUUACAGACUACUGAUAAUUCUAUUGUAAUGACUCCAUCAACCCAACAAAAAAUAGAUUUUAUAGCCACGCCGACUGUUUUAUACAUUAAUAUUGAUUAUGAUUUAAGAAAUAUUUCCGACUUAGAGGGUUUUUUACAUAGUAUUGAAACACAAAAUAUAUCACAGGAUAUUGUAACUACAGAAUCGGAGGAAAGACCCGUCACUCCUAUAGAACCGCUUACGAAAAAGAGAAAAAUAGAUCCUAAUUUAUGGAAAGAUCGCAAAAAUAAAACUCUUAAAAAUUCUGGUAAAAGUUAUGAAAGUGUUAGAACUGAAAAGCAAAACGUAGAAAAAUCUAUAGGUCCACCAUGCAUCUACAAUCUGAAAUGUUACGAAAAGAUAAAGCAAAAUAUGAGGAGUAAAUUUUUUCAAAAUUUUUGGGCUAUCGGGGACCACGAAAGACAGUGGAAUUUUACUAACCGCCAUGUAAAAAAAGAAAACGUCAAAAAAAUUACAGUUGAACGUAAAAAUAAUCCUACUCAAACAUUAACAUAUCAACUAUUCGAUGAUACUAAUUCCAUGAUUAAAGUUUUUAAAACUAUGUUUUUAAGUACCUUGUCUAUUACACAGCAAGUAGUAUACACAGCUAUUGAUAAAUUGGGAGAUGACAAUUAUUUAAAAGAUUACGGAGGAACUCAUAAGAAUAGGCCAAGAAGAAUGUCAGAGGAGACUGAGAAAAGGCAAAAUCGUAAUCGUUUCGUAUUCGCCAUGUUUUCUUUAGCGGCGAAGAAAUACAACAUAAAAAUAACACAUAGGUUUUUGGAGAAAGGUAUUAGCCAAUCGGAGGGUGAUUCUAUGCAUGCUGCUAUUGAGCGUUCUAAGAAAAAGCAUACUAUCUACACACCUGAUCAAAUGUAUUCCUUGAUAGAGAAUGCCAAAGUUACCGGGCAUAAGUAUCAAGUAAAUCAAAUGACGCAAGCUGAUUUCAUAGAUUUUAAAGAAUUAAUUAAAGGGAAGAAUUGGUUAAAAGAUACAGAUGGUAAUAAAAUUUACUGGAGCAAAAUUAAAGAAGUAGUUUUUCCUUAUAAUCAACCUGAUACAGUUUACUUUAGAUACAGUUUUGAAGGCGAAUUACAAGAGAUGCAAGCUAUUACGAGGACUAACUCACGAAGGCGACGAGGGGAACCUAUAGAACACGCUGAAAACCUAAAACUGGCAUACACUGGAAUGCUACGCGUACCUCUUCCUUUAUAUAGAGAUUUAAUAAGUCUGUGUGACUUGGGAGCCAUACCAAACCAUUACCAGUAUUUUUACAGAAAUCUAGUGCCAUUAAAUUCCACCUCAGUUACCAACGAUAGUGACGAGGAGAAUUAUUAG